UGUCGCAGGUAAUGUAAUAGUGUCAGGUGCGCCAUAUUGUUUACAAAAUAAUCUUGUGUUGUUAUCGAGUUAUCAGGAUUUUUGUUGUUUUAAUAGAUCUGAAUAUUGUUUUAUUUGAAAGUGAGCUUACCGGAGUUAUCUCAGACUUGACAGGGAUAAGAACAGCUAUUUGACCCCCAUGUUUAUAGUUUGAUUCACUUGUGUGGAUAUGUUGAAAAGCAAUUUUAUUUCGUAAACUCAGUAGGCCUAAUCUAAAUGUGAAAUUUACAACAAAAUGUCCAAAAAAGAUCGUCGACGUGUUCUUGCUGCUAUUUGGGGAUGCCCUACAAGGUUUCAUCUGGACUUUUUCGAUGAAGAUGACCAUGUUGUGGUGUCUUGUGGUAAUAAAAGUGUUGUAGGAUGGUGGUUGGAUCUGUUUAAAACUGCCUAUCCUAAUAUUAACUGUCUGGAGAAAAAUGACAUCAUCAAGCUAAAACCCAGAGUUCAUGUUACCUUAAAAUUAAAUAAAGUUACUGGAUUACUAAAAAUAACAGGUAAAAAUCACUGGCAGUGGUUGGUGGAAUGUUUAGCUGAUUUAUUUGAAGAUGGAAAUGCAGACGCUGAAACUAUUGUCUCCAUGUCAGAAAAUUCUGUUACACGUUAUCUACAGUUAGAUAAAGAUGAUGAAGAGAUUCAAGAUUUAUUAGAUCAGAUACCUGAGGGUGGAGGUAUUAUGACUCAUGAUUAUAUAAUGAGAUUAUGGAAAACUUUAUUAGAUGAUUGGUUUGGUGUUGGAGCAUGUGUUUAUAUUGUUACUCCAAAGAUAGACUCUGAACGCUUAUUCCAGUGCAUGCUCCUUAUGGUCAGGAACAAAGGGACUGGUUUUAAAUGCACAUUAAUUACUCCUGCGAAAUCCUCUGAUGGUGAAAAGUAUGAAAAAACCCUUGAAAAGACAAAACGAAGAAUGAAAGAAGUUAAAACAGUACAUCAGAAAAGACUAUUAAGUGACGUCAAGAUACAGUGGGUUAUGGAUAAUUUGGAGGUACGCCAUGAAGUAUUCUCAACUAAUUUUGUGGCUGCGUAUAAAGACAAUGAAGCCGAGGUUUUAACAACUACGGCUCACUUUCACAAAAGCCAUUUUCAUUUCAACCAGAAAGAUAAUGUCUGUUACAACCGUUUGCCUACUAAUGACUUGAAGAGGAAUUAUCUCUUUCCUCUUGGGAUAGGAAGUAAUGUCUUUUAAUUUGUUCUCAUAUAUUAUUCAAUUGUGAUCCGUGCCAAGGAAAAUUGUGUAACUGGAUUGUGAUAAAAUGUUUCCUCUCUUUGUAUGUACAUGUAUUAAUGCCAAC